UUGUUUGUUUUAAUUUAACCACACAAAUAAAGAAGAUGGCGAACAUAGAGGACGCACAAGCACGUGUGCGAAAUGCAUUUAACGACAUGAUGGCAGCAAUUGACAAAGAUAUUAUAAGACAGAGACAGGCAGACAUGCAUACUUGUGCAGCCAAGUGUUACGGUGAUAGAAAAAGUCCAAUUGAAGAUAUUGAGAGGUGUGCACAAAACUGCAAUGCCAAGCUAAUGGAAGCAUCAAACUUUGUUCAAAGAGAAGUGGAAGGUUUUCAAAAUCGGAUCACAAGAUGCGCCAUGGAUUGCCAGGAUGCUGCAAGAGACAAACUUGGUCCAGAUACGAAAGAGAGCGAAAUUCAGGGCUAUAAAGAAGACAUGGAGAGGUGUGUUAUUAAGUGUGUGGACACUCAUAUAACAACUUUACCAAGUCUAGAGAAGAGGCUACGAUUAGGACUUACAAAGGGAAAAUAUGACUGAUAUAAACCUGCUGUUUAGAAAUUUUUUUUUUAAAUUACUAAAUUUACAAAAUGUUCCCACAUUUAUAAGUGUUGAGGUAGAAGAAUUUUUUUUAAUAGUAAGUUUGAUGCUUGUGUUCAGUGCACACUAGUAGGUCAAUGCUUUGUAGAGUGUUACUGCAUAUACAUUUGUUUUUGUAUAAGCAACAUUUUUUCAUUAAAAAAAAUAUACAUGUACAUUCAUAUUUAUGUAAGAGUGAACAGAAUUCAUAACCAGCACAGAGCACAGAACAAUAGAUAUGGAUCUGAUAUCUGGGAACUUGGUAAUUUUUUUUUUAAUACAUCACUCAUAUAUGUUGAUGAAUUCUUUUGACAACAUAACAAAAUUUAUAUAAUGAAAAAAUAAAUAUUUAUCUGAAAUUGUCACGUUA